CGCUGACCCACAAUCCUUUGCGCCGUGAAAACAAAUCAAAUAGCCACUACUGAUGCCCACUGAUGUGAGGAAGUCUCUCUGCCCUCUUGUUAUUUCGUGCGUGGAAGAAAACAUUAACAAGUUUCAACGUUACAGCCGUGUGUCCACGUCGUUAGGAAACACAGGAAGUGUCUGUCAGCUCCUGUUGCUGGACAAGAUGGCUCAUCUCAAAGCACUUUUCAAGUAUGUGGACGAACACCAGGAUUUGUACGUGCAGCGUCUUGCAGACUGGGUCGCAGUCCCGAGCGUGUCUGCUUGGCCAGAGAAGCGUGGGGAGAUCAAGAAGAUGAUGGAGAUGGCCGCCAAGGACAUCGAGAAGCUGGGGGGAACGGUGGAGAUGGUGGACAUCGGCAAACAGAAGCUUCCCUCUGGAGAGGAGAUCCCUCUGCCUCCUAUCAUCCUGGGGAGUUUGGGGUCGGACCCGGGCAAGAAGACCGUGUGUAUCUACGGCCACCUGGAUGUCCAGCCGGCUAGCAUUGAUGAUGGCUGGGAUACAGAGCCUUUCACUCUGGUGGAGAAAGACGGUAAGCUCUACGGAAGAGGCUCAACUGAUGACAAGGGUCCAGUGUUGGCCUGGUUUAACUGCAUUGAGGCCCACCAGAAGAUCCAGCAGGAGCUUCCCAUCAACAUCAAAUUCUGCUUCGAGGGGAUGGAGGAGUCUGGAUCUGAGGGCCUGGAUGAACUGGUGUUUGCACAAAAAGACACCUUCUUAAAAGACGUGGACUACGUCUGCAUCUCCGACAACUAUUGGCUCGGCAAGACCAAACCCUGCAUCACCUACGGCCUGAGAGGAAUCUGCUACUUCUUCGUUGAGGUGCAAUGCGGCGACAAGGACCUGCACUCAGGGGUGUUUGGUGGCUCUGUUCAUGAAGCCAUGACCGACCUGAUUGCACUCAUGGGCACCCUCUUAGACAGGAAGGGGAAGAUUUUGAUUCCGGGGAUAAGCGAUGACGUGGCCCCUGUGACGGAUGUCGAGAAAAAGCUGUAUGAGAAGAUAGAUUUUGACUUGGAUGAAUACUCCAAAGACGUCGGAGUGGAACAGCUGCUGCAUGACACCAAGGAGAACAUCCUGAUGCACCGCUGGAGGUAUCCAUCUCUGUCUCUUCACGGUAUUGAGGGAGCUUUCUCUGAAACAGGAGCCAAGACUGUUAUCCCCCGCAAGGUCAUCGGCAAGUUCUCCAUCCGCCUCGUCCCCGACAUGGACCCCGAAGUGGUGGAGAAGCAGGUUGUCGAUCAUCUGCAGAAGAAGUUUGCUGAACUGGGGAGCCCCAACAAGCUGAAAGUGUACAUGGGCCACGGAGCCAAGGCCUGGGUCUCUGACUUCAACCACCCACACUACAUGGCAGGUCGAAAGGCCAUGAAAACAGUCUUUGGAGUGGAGCCUGACCUGACUCGUGAGGGUGGAAGCAUCCCCGUCACCUUGACCUUCCAGGAGGCCACAGGACGUAACGUCAUGCUGCUGCCUCUUGGAUCCUCUGAUGAUGGAGCUCACUCUCAGAACGAGAAGCUCAACAGAACCAACUACAUUCAGGGGACCAAGAUGCUCGGCGCAUACUUCCACGAGGUCUCCCUGCUGGAAUGAAGUGAUGUCUCAUUAUGACAAAUGUAAAAUAUGUCCAUCCUCACUAUCAUGGUUCUGAUUUACAUUGCAGCAGUUUUGUACCCACUCCCCCCUGACAAUAAAAGUUUUUCUUUGCUACUA